AUGGAACCAACCUCGAAGGCUCGAAUCCGCAAAACUCCGCCGGUCUCCGCCCCAGCUCCCCGGAAAAGGCGUAGGAGGACGGUCGGUACUCCCUGCGACCGGCGUCGCCCAUUUUGCUCCCAGUGCUUGGACAGCGCCCGCAAUUGCGCGGGGUACAAGACAGCGUUGACAUGGGGCGUAGGAGUUGCCAGUCGGGGAAAGCUUCGAGGAUUGUCCCUCCCCGUGACCGGGGCACAGCCUGCGGUCGCACCCCCGAAGCUUCCCCGUGCGACAGGUCCACGAGCAGUGUCCAAAUCGCAACCGGCUCUUGACACAGCCGCAGAAAAACGACGACUUCAUGAUAAGCAGCGUUCAUCAGCCGCCGGGCUUACAGAGCAUGGGUCUGUCUCGAUUCCACCUACUUCACAACGCCGCUUGUGCUCACCGGAGUACUACACUGUGGAUUCCCAUGUUAAGCCGAAUCACCAUAAUCCUUAUUCUUCACGUGCGACAAAGACCGAUUCUUUGAAACAAUACCAUGCCCCAUUGGUCGCAAACCCCGAUUCAUCAAGGGCCUGGAUGGGGUUAGAACAGACACCGGUACCGAUACAGUGUCCGUGGCCAGCCCUGACUCCGGAACAGAAAGAUAAUGCUUCGGAUGAGCAACAUGAAGAAACCUCUUAUAACGAGGUUUCACCACGUAUGAGUGCUUGCCAGCCGCCAUCAUUAUCUCAGCAGCUGCUGGCGCGUUCCGUGGGACGUACACCUCGACUUCGAUACCUAAUUAGUUAUUAUGCCGAAGUCAUUGCUCCGAUGAUUGUGGCAUUUGAUAGUCCAACCAAUCCUUUUCGAACAUAUAUCCUGCGACUGGCGCAGGAGAGCACAUCGCUUCAAGAAGCCAUCGCGACGUUGGCAAGCUGCAAUCUGCGACAGCGACGCGAACGAGGCACGAGGUCGACGGAGCGAACUUUGCCGGGGCGCCUGUCGUCCAUGGCCCAUCAAGCCUUGACCGACGGAGCAUUACAGGACCGGACCGGUAUCUUUAUGCCUGAAGAUUAUGCCCAGGAAGAGCAGUAUCAUCGAGGCAUGGCGGUCUCCGCCUUGAAUCGGGAAUUGGCCGACUCACAUCAGAGGCUUUCAGACUCCGUCCUGGCGACCUUACUCAUCCUCUGUCUAUUCCACGGGUGUGAUACUGGGGUGGCUCAAUUCAAGACCCAGUUUGCGGGGGUGACAAAAUUGUUGGCUAUUCGACUGUGCAACUCACCUUGCAUGUCGGAUGAACUGAAGUGGUUUGUUCGCAUGUUCACAUGGAUUGACACGAUGACCGCCACCACCAAUGACCGCGAGGUACAGCUUCGCGGUGCUUGCCUGGAUAUCACCGCCGCCUCAGAUGGCGAAUGGGGACUGGAAAAUCUGGCGGGCUGUGAUGCCGGACUUUUCAGAAUUGUAGCGCAGCUAGGUCGUUUGAACCUUCUGAGUCAAAAUCAAGAAGUCCGCACAUCUACGCCACCAGACAUCCAUAUACCAUCCACUACUCUCCCGCCCUCGAUGGCGUUCUUCCCAUCGAACAUUCCAGCCACCUCGUCCGGUCCUUUUGCAUUUACCUUGCCGCCGCUGCCGCCUCCUGGUGAUCGCGACAGAGGACAGCUGCCGCCGGCGUUCUGGGCUGAAUGGUAUUCUCUCCGACAGAAGCUUGAGUCCUGGCGAUUUGUUCCCCACCAAUCGCAGUCACAGUCACCUCUCUUUACAUCCAGCCACGCCUACAUCUCGCCACCUUCAUCGCCGACAGACCAGCCGGUGGUCGCAGCUCACAAUCUCAAGGACGUCAUACACAUCUCUGAGUCAUUCCGUCAUGCGGCGAUCUUGUACAGCGAGCGACUCGCCUAUCCAGACCUACCGUCCGAUCACCCUCGUAUUCAAAACAUUGUGCAACACAUAAUGAGUCACAUUAUGACCGUUCAAUCUGACGCGUAUCUCCUGUGGCCACUAUUCAUCACCGGGUCGGAGUGCGUGCGUGCCGAUCAUCGCGCCAUUAUCCGCCAACGGUGCAAAGAUCUAUCCAGGGACUCUGGGUUCUUCAACAACCUCUCAUGCUUGCAGCUCCUGGAGAAGAUCUGGGCAGAGAACCCUGCCGUGGAUGUGAUCCCUGUUGUCUCAUCCCUUGAUUUCGGCUUGCAGGCAGCCGCCAGCGGGUGCGUGAGCGAGGUUACAUUUCUCCCGCCUGGAAGCUGGGCCUCGUCCCAGCAUGAGGCUUUCAUGUCUCCGACACUGCCCUCUGUCUCUCGGAAGCAGGGAUUCCGCUGGCACGAGGCGAUGCAAACCAAACGCGCGGAGGACGAGUAUAUGACUAACUCCAUCGAUGAUGCAUCUACUCCAUCUGGUCCCUCUAGCAACCUGCCUCACCAGCCCACCCAAACAAACCACAAAAGUAGCGGCACCGGGCAUCUCCCGAGCGCCAGUACGUCGGAAAAUUUGUGUUGGAGAAUGAGUGGUAAUAGUAGUGGCAGUGGCAGUGACGGUAUCGCCACUGGUGGACUAAAUAUUACUAUCUAUAUCAGAUUUCGUCAUCCCCAUCACCGGAUAGAUGGAAGGAAGAUAGAAACCCACAAGCGUAUCGCUAAGCGUGACUCUGACUCGUCUCCACAAGACAAGAGAACAGAUUUGCAACGUGACCCAAACUUACUUUUACUUUUGCGGAUAGAAGAUGAGGGGUUCACUUUACAUCAUCAACUAAACAAGGGUGUUGUUGGGGUUGGGUUAGGUUGGCGGUUAAGAACUUUGAUACACUGUGGUGGUGGUGGAGGAGGUAUGGGGAUUAGAGAUGAUUUCAUUAAAAUGAUAUGGAGGUUGUUGGUUUUUGUGGUACGCUGCGAUUUUGAGAGCGUAGCAGAGAGUCAGUGUAACAUAUAUUAUGGCGGUAAAUAUUCUAACAAUGACAUAAUUCUGUUAUUUCACGAGGUUCCAAAAUUUAGAUGGUAUAAUAUGUGA